AUGGCGCGAUCAUCCGAACGGGCCGUCAUUCCUGAAGGUCAAGCCCGUCCGGUCGGCAAUGACCUCCGGUCACCCUUAUCCAUGGAGGUAUUGGAGCUGCAAGAGAUCCAGACCCGUGAGGAUGACGAGCAAUUGAAUUAUUCUGCAGGCUCAGCCUCGUCAGGGGAAGAGUACCGGAUGACCACCAGGACCAUCUCGCGGCCCAAUUCCAAUCGCCCACGCCCGGAGCGAAAUGGCGCCUGGAAACAGGUCACCCGGUUUUGGACGCAUCACGUUGCCAUCGUUGUACCUCAGAAGAGUAACCGCGAUCAUUUAGCUCUUGAACGAACCUUCCUGGCGUACAUGCGCACUUCCGUGGUGAUCGCCAUGCAAGGGGUGCUCAUUUCCCAACUCUUUCGUCUCCAACGACCCACGACAGCGACGGGCCAUCUUCGAUUCUUCGACGUGGGCAUUCCGCUGGCCGUCGCUUGUCAUGUGGUCGCCAUCAUCGUCGCUUUGAUCGGUGCCUUUCGUUUUUGGCGACAGCAAAGUGCCAUUUCACGAGGCAAGGUGCACGCAGGGGGGUGGGAAUUGAAUUCCGUCGGCAUCAUCCUGGGCCUGGUCAGUUCAUCCCUCCUGGAUUUGACCUUUCUCCAACUCCUCUACUUGAACCCGAAUCAAUCGCUGCAUAUCUCAUGUCGAUUUUGUGACUAA